GUGACGAUCUGUAAGGUGGAGUUGGAACGCAGGAGCACCGCCUCAGUCGGCACUUAACUAUACAGAGGAUAUACCAUCAACCCUGUCGAUUAUACAUUUAUCUUGCUGUUCGACAAGUCAAACGCAUAAAAAGUCGACAGUGGAUAGUUUUGAAAGGGAAAUAAAAACAAAACAAAAUGGCCACUGAACAUAUCACAAAGUCACUAAUGAUCACGUGACAGCACAUCCUGUGCAGACCAUUCAGAGAAUGGACUGGGAUUCCUUUUCCAAAAUGGCUGACAUCUUUCCCCUCGCACCUUUGAAUUGCUCCCCAUUGGCCAACUGCUCUCGCAGGAACCUGUCCUUGCCAAACUUCGGGGAAGAAUGCCAAAGCCACCUUCCCAUGUUCUUUGUGAUGGCCGUGGCCUACAGUGCUGUGGCCCUCCUCGGCGUGAUCGGGAACCUGGCCCUGGUCCUCAUCAUCGCCCGGCAGAAGGAGAUGCACAACGUCACCAACAUCCUCAUCGCCAACCUGUCCGUCUCCGACCUGCUGGUCUCGGUGGUCUGCCUGCCGUUCACCCUGGUCUACACCUUCAUGGACCACUGGGUCUUCGGCGAGGCCAUGUGCAAGCUCAACAGCAUGGUGCAGUGCUUCUCCGUGUCUGUCUCCAUCUUCUCCCUGGUGCUCAUCGCGGUGGAGAGGCACCAGCUCAUCGUGAACCCGCGCGGCUGGAGGCCCAACAACCUCCACGCCUACGUCAGCAUCGCGGUGAUCUGGUUGCUGGCCGGAUGCACGGCCCUGCCCUUCAUGUUCUUCUCCCUGGUGACGGACGACCCGCUCAAGUUGCUGCCGCACUUCCAGGAGCAGUACAGCGGGAAGGUGGUGUGCCUGGAGAACUGGCCCUCCCGCACCUUCAGGCUGGCCUACACCACCUGCAUGCUGCUCAUCCAGUACGUGGGGCCGCUGUGCUUCAUCUUCAUCUGCUACUUCAAGAUAUACACUCGACUGAAAAAGAGGAGCAACAUGAUGGACAAGAUGCGGGAGAGCAAGUACCGGUCGAGCGAGACCAAGAGGAUCAACGUCAUGCUCUUCUCCAUCGUGGUGGCCUUCGCCGUCUGCUGGCUCCCGCUCAACAUCUUCAACGCCAUCAUCGACUGGAACCACGAGGCGGCCAUGAACUGCAACCACAACCCCCUCUUCUCGCUGUGCCACCUGACCGCCAUGGCGUCGGUGUGCGUCAACCCGCUCUUCUACGGCUUCCUGAACCGCAACUUCCAGCGGGACCUGCACGUGGUGUUUCGCAUGUGCAAGCUGAGCACACGCCGCCCGGAGGAGUACGACACCGUCGCCAUGUCCACCGUGCACACCGACAUCUCCAAGACCUCCCUGAGGCCCCCCGGCAGCCCCGACCUCUGACCUCCGACCCCCCUGCCCCGUGUCGAAUGAAAACCGCGCUGUUUAGCCCAAUGCCACUUACAGUUCAUUAGACUAAGCAGGGGGAAAUCCCCCCCAGGAGCAAUGUGGGGUUAAGGACUUUGCUCAAGGGCCCAGCAGCUGUGCGGAUCUUUUCGUGGCUACACCGGGGCUUGAGUUGCCAACCGUCCGGGGUCCCACUCAUGGAGCCGGUAGGCUACAGGCUGCCCCUUGUAAAAGACUGGGGGCCUAAUAUGUCUGACUUCUGAAUGUCUGCUUUUUAAAAGAAAUCACCAAGUGGGUAUUGUGUAAGCGCUCGACCGAUUGGUGUGAGUAACGUGAAAAUGUCUGUGUGUCGGCAAGGUUCGUGGAGCAGAAGGUUCUGUGUGGCUUUAGCAGCUGUGUUUCUCAGCAACUCGCUUUACUUGCAUGCUAUAUUACCUAGAAGCCAUCGCUUCUUCUGAUCGUCUAGUACCAAAGUGCCAAAACUAAACUAAUGUGACAAGACCUGUCGCCGGUUGCACGAAGCAUCUGAGUUUUUCCUCUUACAUUUCGACCAGUGGUCUACCAUCCUGCAGACUCUGGUCCUAUGUUUCACUGUAGAAUCAGCAGUCAAUUCAGAUCCACGAAACCAGGAGAGGCGAAUUACCUGUGUAACGGACUGCCUACGUAGAUCAACGAAGUGAAUAAAAACCAUCGGACCCUGUACCUCUCCAGGGCCAGGUUUAUUGACCCCUGAUCUACACCAGUAGUAAAGUAAGAAAAACCUGAUGUAAGUGCAGUGAUCACUGUGAUCACUGAUCAGGACACAGUGCUGUAGGAGGUGCAGUCUUCUGAAUGAGACAAUCCUGCAUGAAUGGGGUGAUAAACCCUUUAAGGUGUGAGAUCACAAAUGUGUGAUUAGAAUGUUUUUAAUCGAACAUUCUAAUGCUGAUGUCACAAUCACUACUGGCAAUGGAGGUCUAGAACACUGACAUUGAAUUUAGAAAAACAUUUUUUUUUUUAAACCCACCUUUUCUUCAGAGGGCUAAAGAUCCAUUGGUAUUCCUCUAAAAUGUAGGGGUUUAGAUCAUGGUGUUCUGACGGUUUCCAGAAUUACAUUUGCGUAGCCCGGCCGCCUAAUCACCUGUACAGUUCAUCGGCAGCAAAAUCCCAUGUAUUUGUCACUUCUGUUUUCUCAGGUCAUUACUGUAAAAGAGACAUUGAGUUCUUGCUUGACAUUCUGCUUAAAUAAACUAUAUGUGAAAACCACACGGUUAGGUGUCCAUAUUGUAAUUAACAGUGGUAAAAAAGUGGUGUAUAUAUAUUUUUUAUUAGUCUGUUUUACUGCUGUUAAUAUUUAUUAAAUGUGUUGAUGAAGGUUAAUAAUAACAGUGAUCUUGGCAGACUCUAGACAUAACGCCUUAUUGUAUGGGGAGAGACCUGUGAAUGCACCUAACCCCACUCUUCACUUGAUCACCAAGGCCUUUCACCUUUUACAUUCCGCAUCUUUUCAUGCCUUCGCUAUGACUUCCUUUGAGCAUUGCAUGUCAUUGUCCUACAUAGAGCCAUUGUACACUCAGACUGAAAGAGGGAUUCAAUAACCAUGCAAAUCAGUCCCUUGUGUAGACAAUUACGGUUACAGCAAUGCCAUUUAAUGGGAUUCAAUGCUUGGUCACCCCACUGUAACAGAAUACAUUAAAUGGACAUGUUUUUUUAUAUAACAUAGAAUGGCACAUAUGUGGAUCCAUACUGAAUGUAGGGUUAUCUCUGCAAGUUGUCCUCAGGCUAUUGUUGGACAGUGAAUAGGUGUACCUGUGUAGUUGUGAUGAUAGGUUAGAUCAGUCUGCUGAACAGUAAAACAACACCAAAGGUUUGCAUUGGUCACGUCACGUGCUCUUAUUGAUGAUCCAUUCUGUGGACUGUGAAGUUCAGUUCAGCUUUACUUGAAUCGUUUCUGAAGUGGUCGAUAUUGUUUGUGACUUUUCUUGCAGUUUACAGUCAUGCCAAUGUCAUCCACAUUAUUGUUUGAUUAUUGUUUUUAAUUAAUGUCUUAAUUAUAUUUGAAAUGGUAGCAUAUCUGUUAUAUAAAAAAAGAUUCAACGUUGCAAUUUAUGUCAGUGAAUUAUAAACUAAAAAUAGUUCUAUGUAUGUUGAUAUAUUGUAAUAUAUUGUAUGUACAUAUGCAGAAUACAUUAUUGUAGGCCACUUAGAAUUUAAGUAUUGCCUUAUGAGAAACAUCAGAAAUAUUAUGGAAUGCUCAAUGUCUUCUAGGUUUCGGUACACAGUUUUACAGUUGAGUGGUUUUUGAGAUUAAGGGCAGAGCCGUGUGUUACAUGACAAAACAGGCGCUUAGGAGACGCGGUUACACAAGCGUGACCGUCGUCUAAAAAGACUUCUUUCCCUGACCGGGAAUCGAACCCGGGCCGCGGCGGUGAGAGCGCCGAAUCCUAACCACUAGACCACCAGGGAACGGACUUCACAAUCAUAAAAUAUUCCAUUGCAAUAUUGAAACGUAUGGUAUAGCUUAAUUUGUUGACUGAGCCAAAACCAUUUAAGAUAUGACAUGGUCUACCAUUUCCUAAUAUACCUAUAUACAGUACAGUUUUGUGUUUAUUGUGCUAAAAGUGAUAAAAUGAUUUUGAUAUUGCAAAUGCCAGGGAAUGUGUUAGUCCUGUGGAGCAGGGGAAAUUUUGAUUAAUGCAGAAGUCGGUGCGUAAAUGUACACUGUUAAAAUGGUUCUGCCCUCUCAUAUUUGUGUUCGGGAAACAUGUAAGCAAGGUGGGAACACAUGGCAACAUGUUAUUUAAAUAACACUACUGUGCUAGCAAGCUGACAGAAACAGAAGUUCAGGCGCUCUUCAAAGACACUCACAGCUGCUCCAAGAACCUCACAGAAAUACAAAAAAGCGUGUUUCCCAGCAUGCAGUGCUGUAACAACCUGCACACUGACUCUCUUCUCUGUGGAUUGCAGUUACCGGCAGCAUCAAUGUGUGUCUGUGUAAAGAUAAAACAGGUCUAAUAACACGAGUCAUUUGCAUAAUUAUAUAUUACCGUUUUCUUUUGGUAGUUGCCAAGUGGUCAUGAGGUCUUGCAUGUCUCCCAGCACAAUUUUAAAGUAUAUAAGUAGUUAUUCAGCGAUAUGUUGGGUAAGGAUGUGAGUUGAAUGAUGGGAUUUGCAGUCCAUAGAGGAGUGGACUACACUACGCGUGGGCCCUGCCAUGUUUUAGGUCAGUGCAAUACGAGUUGUGCUUAUAUUGCAGAGCUUUCUCAUCAUACAGUAAUUGUCAGUCAUCUUUCUGCCUGGUCAUUCCAUAGAGACAUCCCUGUUUUCAUAAAUGGAAUGAUGCUGCAAUAUAGUGAAAUUAAAUACUAAGAUAUUGCAACAUUUCACAAGAUGUGAGCAAAGACGCAUUAAUAGCCGAUUUGUUGUUGAUCUUACUGGCCAGUUCUUUCUCAGCUGGGUCAGAGUACAGAAAAGCUUCACCUGCCUUUACUCUCUUUAAGGAGAGUUCAAAUCAUUUCCAUCAACCAUUAAGCCAAGGAUUAUAUUACAAAUAUGAAAAACAUUGCUGAAUGUUUAUGUUUUAUUGAGCAGUAGCCGAAUACAGUGGUCAUAUUCUCUGUUGGUCUCAGAGGACAUAUUGUGCUAUGAACUUCUGCCUUAUUAAAAUGCCUAAUUUGCCUUUUUGUUAGAGGCUGUCACGUUAGAAUCAAUCCAUUUGAGUGUAGUUCACAGUUGUUUAUAUGGUCCAUUCCUUUGGGCAUUACUCUGCAGUCUUAUUGAUCUGUGUAGAACGAAGAAAGCGAUAAGAACAACACCAACUGUGCUGAAUAAUAAAAAUAUAUGAGUAUUUCUUGGUACAAACAAUAUGUGAUAAAGAUUUUCUCCAAAAUAAUAUCUUAAUAUUCCAUUUUAUAGUCAGUAUGUUUAUGGUCAGAAACAUCUUAAUGUCUUAAUCGCUUAUGUAAAUCGCCGUUGAGAAGAGCUUCUGCUAAUCGCCUAAAGGUAGUGCAUAUGUAAAUGAAUGGCUUCAUAUAGCAGAAAAAAAUAACAGGUAACCUUAUACAUAAAUGUAUAUUCUACUAUACUCACAACUGACAAUAUAAUAUGUAUUAUUAUUACCUGUGAUUAUUAGAAUAUGAUUGGUUAUGUUACUGCAAAUGUAAUCAUCGCUUUGAAAACCUGUAUUUUCUAAAUAUAAAAUGUAAGUACAUCUUUGCUUGCAUUUAUAAACAUUGUGCUGAUCACAUGUGGACAAUGCGUGAACAGUGUUCCUCCCUGGUGAAACGAAACGCAUGCUUCAGCAAAGUAAUUUUUAUUUAAAGCAAAUUAAUUUUCAAAAAUGAGUUCAAUCAAAUAUCACUUACCAUUCCAGUCUGGGUUUUCACCGGGGGGUAAAUUACUGAUACUGUAGAUACAUUCAUUUGUAUUAAUUUGUACAUAUAUUCUAUAGUGACGCCACACGCAUUAUGCACAACUGGCUGAUUUUCAACAGUGUGCAUUUUUUUUAAAUUACAUAAUUAAAAUGAAUAGUCGUUCAAUUCUAUUCGCGUACGUAGUUACUGUAUGUUAUUUUCAGACACAAUUAUUUUCUAUGAUUCUUUGUUCAUACAUACAGUAUGUGCUGCUGAUCGUGUUGUAUUACUGAUUGUUUUGAGUCUGGGUUUAUUACACCGAUAUUGAUAUGUUACUGUAUAAUAAAUGCAUCUCUGUUUACCAAAA